AUGCCUCUGAUUACAGAAUCUUACGACUCUUUGCCCUAUGUCGACCGCGCACCCAAUGACACCGAAACUGCCGCCGCCCAUGAACUCAUAGCUUCUUCCUUGUCCCCAGACGCAGAGUCGGUUAUGCACCCUUUAAUGCUCGACGCUCCCGCAACCAGUUUUUCACCUCUCAUACAAUCGGAGCUCGACCGCGUCGCCGCCAACGAGCCCCUAAAAGCAAUAGACCUAAGACGCUACGAAGCCAACACAACAAGCCUCACCCCAGACGCCUCCGCCCUCAAAGCCGCCUAUGUAAACUCCUCAUAUCUCACUCUCCGCUUACAAGCUUUAGAGCUGUUGGAACAAUUCGGCAAGAAUGCGUGGCUCGUUGCCAAUGAUCAGUUGGAAUCUUUACUGAAAGAAGUGGAGAAGGAGCUUGUGGAGACUAGGGAGGCUACGACAGAAGUGAACAGGGAGAGGAAAAGAGCGCAGGAGGGGAGGAGGGGGGAGUUGGAGGGCGGUGAGAGGGUGUGGAGAGCGGGGGUGGGAGGAUUAGUGGAAGUGCAGGUUGCGACGGUUGACGUGGAGCGGAGGUGGAGGGAGAGAUUGAGAGGGGCUGGAUGA